ACCCAGGAACAGACCCGCAGCGCAGAGUUAGGGGGUACAACUCAGAAGGGCACAGACUCAACAUUGGACAGGCGGUACAGGAUGCGUGUGGACCUGGUGGUGGUGUGUGUGGCCGCCGUGGCUCUCUCUCUCCCCGCUCUCUCAACAUGUAGCCCACUCUACGUGAUGACGGCUCCUAACCUGCUGAGGGUGGGCACCCCUGAGAAGGUGUUGCUGGAGGCCCAGGACUACGCUGGAGGAGACCUGGAGGUCACGCUCACAGCGAUGGACUUCCCCCGGAGGACCAGGGUGAUUGACAGACGGACAGUGACACUGAGCGCAGCAAACAACUUCCUGGCUCUGACUGAGAUUACCAUUCCUGAUGGCAGAGUUGUCUUUGGUGACGACACAGAUGAGAACAUGUAUGUUUACCUGCUAGCCACCUUCCAGGACCGCACUCUGGAGAAGAUUGUGCUGCUCUCCUUCCAAUCGGGAUACAUCUUUGUGCAAACAGACAAAACCAUAUACACCCCUUCAAGCACAGUGCUAUACAGAAUCUUCUCCCUGAGUCCAGGACUCAAGCCUGCAGACUCUGGAAUCUCUGUGGAAAUCAUGACCCCUGAUAAAAUCACCAUUUCCAGAGAAAUUCUCUUCCCGAAUAAAGGCAUUAGAUCUGGAGACAUCAAGCUCCCUGACAUUGCCAGCUUUGGCAUUUGGACGGUGGUCACCAGGUUCCAAAGCAGUCCACAGAAAAACUUCACAACUCAGUUUGAGGUCAAGACAUAUGCUCUGCCCAGCUAUGAAGUCACCCUGAUUCCAAAUUCACCUUUCUUUUAUGUUGACGAUGAUGACCUUACAGUUGACAUCUUAGCAAGUUAUUUCCAUGGGAGACAGGUGACGGGUACUGGCUUGGUGAUGUUUGGUGUGUUGACACAGGACAAUGUAAAGAAAAGUCUGCCUGCGUCUUUGAUAAGAGUUGAGAUUAGAGAGGGCAAAGGAGAGGCCGUACUGACAAAAGAGCAGAUCAGAGACACAUUUACAGACAUAAACCAGCUGGUUGGCUCGUCCCUGUAUGUGAAAGUAAGCGUGCUAACAGAAACAGGCAGUGAAAUGGUGGCGGUAGAGAAGGAAGGCAUAAAGAUUGUCACGUCUCCUUACACCAUUAGCUUCAAGGCGACCCCGAGAUACUUCAAGCCAGGGAUGCCCUUUGACAUCUCGGUUUAUGUUAGUACUCCGGAUCGCCUGCCUGCAAAAGACAUUGUGAUAGAAGUAAUAACGGCCAUUGAUGGAACUAUACAAGCAACAACCAGAGACAAUGGAUUGGCCAAGGUUACAGUGAACACACUUGAUGGGGACAACAGCCUGUUCAUACAGGUGAGGACUAAGGUACCGGGGUUGUUGGAGUCCAGGCAAGCUGAGCGGAAUAUGACGGCCGUGGCAUACAGGACCACCGACGGCUCCAGGAACUACCUGCACAUUGGGGUGGCCACCAGUGAGCUGACCAUUGGCCAGCAAGUCAAGAUGAGCCUCUAUGUGGGCAACAGCCCCGGCAUCAAGGACAACCAAGACUUUACCUAUCUGUUCCUCACCAAAGGACAAAUCGUGCAGGCUGAGAGGUUCAAGAGACAGGGCCAGUCUGUAGUGACUUUGUCCUUCGCAGUGACCAAGGAGAUGGUCCCCUCCUUCCGUAUCGUGGCCUACUACCACGUGGGCUCAUCUGAGGUGGUGUCUGACUCAGUCUGGGUGGACGUGAAGGACACCUGCAUGGGAACGCUCAGGGUGGAACUCACGGAUCCACAGAGGGAAUACUGGCCCCAUAAGCCGUUCAGCCUGACCAUCACUGGAGACCCAGGGGCCAGAGUUGGGCUGGUAGCCGUGGAUAAAGGAGUCUACGUCCUCAACAACAAACACAGACUCACCCAGAGCAAGAUCUGGGAUGUGGUUGAGAAGCUCGACACUGCCUGCACUGCUGGCAGUGGUAAAGACAGUAUGGGGGUUUUCUAUGAUGCUGGACUGAUGUUUCAGACCACCACUGCGGAGGGAACUGACACCAGGACAGUCCACACUUGUUCCACUCCCAUCAAAAGAAGUCGACGGUCAGCCAUAGUCACGGAUAUGCGGUCAACUUUAGUGAAACAGUAUGAGGACGAGGGCCUGCAGGGCUGCUGUGGGGACGGUCUGCGUGGGGACCUGGCGGGCAGGAGCUGUGAGCGGCGGGCCGAGUACGUGGGGGAGGGGCCGGCCUGCGCUCAGGCCUUCCUGCACUGCUGCCAGGAGAUGAGAGGCCUCCAGCAGAGGGCCAGGAUGAUGCCGCGCACAGGACGUCUGUUCCUCGCACGCAGUGAGGACGACGACGACAUGUACUUGAGCUCUGAGGACAUUGUGUCCCGCACCCAGUUCCCUGAGAGCUGGCUGUGGCAGGACCUGACCCUACCACAGUGUCCCCCGGACAAUAAACACUGUUCCACAACUUCCACUAAGAAGUCAAGCUACCUGAAAGAUUCAGCUACCCACUGGCAAAUAAUUGCAAUCAGCCUCUCUGAAACUCAUGGCAUGUGCAUAGCAGAGCCCCUGGAGCUGCCUGUCACAAAGAGCUUCUUCAUCGACCUGCGUCUUCCUCACUCUGCCCAGCGCGGCGAACAGCUGGAAAUCAGAGCCAUUCUUCAUAACAACCAUAUGGACUCACUGCGGGUGCGUGUGGAGUUGAUGGAGACGGAACACGUGUGCAGUGUGGCCUCGAAGAGGGGCAGCUACCAGACUACAGUGGAACUGGAGGGCAUGACGUCUCGGGACGUCUCCUUCGUCAUCAUUCCCAUGGUGCUCGGCACUCACACGAUUGAGGUCAAGGCGGCGGUGUACGACGCAUUCUACGGUGACGGCAUCAAAAAGGAACUACGCGUAGUGCCUGAAGGAGUGCUGACAAAGAUUCAGGUGGAUAAAGUUCCCCUCAAUCCAUCUCUCCAUGGAGGUGAACAGACAGGUGAAGUCAAGUUCCAACACCUGAGACGACAAGUGCCCAACACGCCUGCAAGCACACACAUACGAGUGCAAGGCCAGGAGUUGAGCGACAUCAUUGUGAAAGCCAUCAGUGGAGAGUCUAUGGGUUCUCUCUUUAAUAUCCCCUAUGGCAACGGAGAAGAGAACGUGGUCAACAUGGCGAUGACCCUCAUUGCCACCCAUUAUUUGGACCUUACUAAUCAGUGGGACAAAGUGGGGCUGGAGGAAAGAGCAGCAGCAGUCAACUACAUCCAAAUGGGCUACCAGCAGCAGCGCAGUUUCUGUAAACCUGACGGCUCGUGUGGAGCGUUCCUUAAGACGCCAAGCAGCACCUGGCUGACAGCCUUCGUGGUUAGAGUGUUGUCCAUGGCUGCUGACAUCAUCAGUGUUGAUGAGAAGUGGGUGUGCAGCGCUCUCCAGUGGCUAGUCCUCAACACUCAGCAGCCGGACGGGUCCUUCAGAGAGUCUGCACCAGUCAAGUUUGUUGUGGACAGCACAGGCAAAGUGUACGGGAAGGAGUCCGAUGCCUCCAUGACGGCGUUUGUGCUCAUUGCCCUGCAGGAGGGCAGUAGAAUCUGCACAGAGCACAUGAGCAGUUUACUGGUGAGUAUGGGAAAAGCUUCCCGGUACCUGCAUCUGAGAAUCCACACGCUAAAGAACCCAUACGCGGUGACGAUAGUCUCGUACGCCCUCGCCGACACUGGGAAACUUCACAAAGACAUUCUCUUUCAACACAACCUAGACGGCGGUCCGGUGUGGCCGGUUCCUGGCGGUCACCGGUACACUCUGGAGGCCACGGCCUACGCUCUCCUGGCGCUGCUGCGGAUGAGGGAGUUUGAUCGGGCCGGCGACGUGGUGCGCUGGCUCGACUCGCAGAGGAGGAAGCGAGGAGGCUACGGCUCCACUCAGGCCACCAUGAUGGUCUAUCAGGCUGUAGCUGAAUACAGGAGCAGCAUGAGAACGCUGCAUACUGUCAAUUUAGAGGUCAACAUUGAUGUGUCUGGUCGCAGCAAACCCAUCAAGUGGACUUUUAAUAAGGGGAAUGCCUUCGUCAGUCGCUCUGAUAAGCUCCAGCUUGACCAAAAUGUGACUGUGACCGCCAAAGGAAGUGGGGAGGGAACCCUUUCAGUGAUGACCUUGUACUAUGCUUCACCCACGGAUCAAGAUAAGGCAUGCAGCAACUUCCAGCUUAAUCUCACACUGGAAAAGCAGGCUAAAGUUUCACAUGAUGGAGCCAGUGCAAGCUACCUCCUGAAGAUUGACGUCAUGUAUAUGUCUGAGAACAGAGAUGCCCGCUUAACUGUUCUCAGCAUUGGCCAGCUUACAGGAUUUGUGGUGGAUGUCAAUGACCUCAACAGGCUGUCCACAGGGAGAGAGCGAUACAUUCAAUCAUUUGAGAUCGACAACAUCCUGUCACAGGAAGGCUCACUCCUCAUCUUCUUAAACAAGGUGUCUCAUAAGAGACCGGACACUAUUGCCUUCAGGAUACAUAAAAUGGUGGACGUGGGGCUACUCCAACCUGCUGCAGUUUCUGUGUAUGAGUACUAUGAUAUCGAGAACCAUUGUGUGCAGUUUUACCACCCCGAGAAGAUCGGUGGAUCCUUGAAUCGUCUCUGCCAUAACGAUGUCUGCAGAUGUGCUGAAGAGAGCUGCAGUGUCCAGAAGAAAGAAGAAAUUAGUAACCAGGAUCGAGAGUAUGCGGCAUGUGAAGCGGGUAUGGACUACGUUUACAAAGUGACAGUGGAGAACACAAAUCUGACCACUCAUACAGACGUCUACUACAUGCACGUUGUCCUGGUUGUCAAAGAAGGCAGUGACCUUGGAGUCAUGGGUGAGAGUCGUGUCUUUGUGGCUCAUCCUUCCUGCAGGAGUGGCUUGGAUCUGAAUGAAGGCCUCUCCUAUCUUCUGAUUGGCCACCGGAAGGACGUCACAAGACUCGAUGGGAGUGUUCAGUAUGUUCUUGGGCAUCGCACCUGGGUGGAGUACUGGCCAACUGAAGAGGAGGAUAAAGAGAAAUAUGGAAACCUUCAAAACUUUGCACAUGAGCUGAGUGAAUGGGGGUGUCAGUACUGAAGUCAAUGAAUGGGGAUGUCAGUACUGAAGUCAAUGAAUGGGGAUGACAGUACUGAAGUCAGUGAAUGGGAAUGUCUGCUAGCUGUCCUGAAUGCAUUUUUUUUUUUUACAUCAGCCUCAUUUCCAGAUAUGUCAUGUAUUGUGUAAUCCUUUUCGCAGAGAACAAAAAUAUGAUUUUGUAACAAUGCAAUAAUUAAAUGCAGUGAAAAUG